UAGCAUUUGUAUAAAGAUUUUUAUAGAGGUAUUUAAGAAUAUUUUUAGAUACACUAGAACAUUCUUUUCAUAGAAUUUUCACUCCAUUCAAAUGUAACAGACCAUGGCUCACAGCUUGAAGUAUUUCGCAGUGCUUAUGUGCUUUGCGGUACUUUCAGAAGUGUUUACUCUGAAUUUCUACCAUCUAAAAAAAGCCACUCGAAAAAAACGUUCGGAUGAAUUGAAAUAUCCAGAACCUCCACAAUGCGAAAAAGACUCUAUAUACCUCUGUAUAAGCGGACCGAAGAACAAGAGAAGCCAAAUGGCAAUUGUUAAUAACACAGCUGCCACAGGUCUGGUGAUGGACGUUAAUGAAAAUAAAAUAGCUUUAGUUCAACCGACCCAUACGAUUAUCUUGGAUGGCAUAAGGAAAAAAGGAAGUAUAAUGAUGAAUGAUCAACAAAUUAACCGUGAUAAUAUUUUUGAUACUCUUAGAGACUAUAAUAUGAGCCACAAUUUUUGCAUGCAGCCUAAGGGAUCUUCUGCGAAUAUAGAUACUUUCGCCCAAACGGUAGUUGGAGGCAAGAAGAAAAUCAAAGUUAAUGUUACUAUAAAAGUCGCUUUGAGUAGUCUUGGACCGGAACUUUUGCAGAAGAUUCAUGACUACAUGUCCGAACAUGAUGUCUCAAUUGUUGAGGCCCUCAUAAAGGUCUUGAAUGAAGGGAUGAUGGACGAUAUGGGCAAUCUAUUACCUGCGUUUAAUUUAUCUUCGGAAGGAUGGUUUGCCUUGCCAGGCGGUUUUGCAACUAUAUGGCCCAUUAUCUCAGGAAUCUUAGACUUUUUCAAGAAAACGGAUUACAGACCAUUUGGAUCAUUAGCAUUAAGUAUACCUCUGAUACUGUUGCUGAUAUCCUGUAAUGGUUUAUUUGUUAUGUUCGCCAUCCUCUAUGAACUAGGCCAAAAGUUGACCUUACAAACUGUUCUGAUUUUCCUGAUCACCGCGCCCAUUUUACUUUUUAGUUUCAUAGGAGUGUUCGGCGGCCUGCUCCUCUACGGUGUGGCAGGUGUCUUUACUAUCAUCAUAAAACUUAUCGAGUUGAUAGCCAUGUCUCUCUUCGACGCUAUUGUUGCGGCAGUUAGGAUAAUCACAGACAUGAUAAUGUCGUUUUUCACAAGCAACGACGCAGUCAAAAGACCAGACCAAACACUGAACAUACAAGACAAUGUCAACGAAAAUGCCAUGCGACUACAGAAUCUUUUCAGUGAACACGAAAAGAGGAAAAGCAAAAAAUCCAUAAGACCCUUAGUAAACGUGGCGAUGGGACUCCGAGGUAAAAUGAAUUUGGUUGUUAAGGGUGUGAACAUAGGAUCAGCCGUCAAUAUCCUUAGCAGUGACGCGAUCCAGAGCGGCAUGUCAAUGGCAGCAGAAAUAGUCAAACUUUUUGACCGGAUUAGAACGGGUAAUUUAGUAACGAGAGCAUUUAGUGGAAUUUUCAGUGGGGCACUUAGUUUGCUGGCCGAUGAAAGCGAUCCAGCAUUUGCCAAAGCGAUUCUACCUGGAAUAUCGUUACCUCCUUUUGCAACAAUCCGAAAGUAUAACGAAACUGUAGCAUUGUUACGUCUACCUACAGAGCAAAUAAUCAAAAGAGUUCCACACUUCAACAAUAUGUUUAUUAUAUUAGAUAAACACUACCGAGAGAUUUACAAUAGGAGUUUAGCCGAAGAACUAAAGAGAGACCGGAGAUUCAACAAUGAAAUCAGAAUAGCUAUUAGAAGGCAUCUUAUACAUGAUUGAAUGAAUUGAAAUAUUAGACAUUAUAGGCAAUAAAUGGAUGAUAAAUUUUCAUAUUAUGUAAUAAAAAGUG